GUCAACCGGAUAAUAAUGCACGUAAUUUUGUUUACACCGGUAGUUCCUGCAGAGUUGUCGAAUAAAAUAUUUCCUUUUUCUCUCGACAAAUAUUUGACCCCAUUUCAUAAAAAAGCGUUAUCAGCUUGGUGAUAAAAUGGCCAUUUAAUCUUGAUUUCUCUCGUAGUUACUCGCACACUCUCUGCUCGAAACGAGAUAUCGCGGUAGAUAUAUGGGAAUGAGAUAAAUAACGAGUCGAAAGUAGUUUUUGUUCUCGUUAAAAUUUGACGUUGUUUUAUAUAGUUGAGGAAAAUUUGAUGUGUGUAGCGCUUGACAGGUUAUUACAGUAGUUUAUUUCAAAGGAUAAACAUUCGUGUCAAAUUGGCAUUCUAAAUAUAGCCGGUUCAUCAUGUUUUUUUAUACCUCUGGGAUGGGGAGCGGGGCGUCAAGUCGAGCGCCUAGUACAAAAUAAAUACACGUAGAUGGCGAUAUACAUUCAACGAUAAAGAUGACCGUUCGAGCUCGAAAUGCUCGCCUAAGCGUGACGUUUCGAACUCAUACAACGAGAGACUCUCGCCUUGUACAGCGGGGAGAGUAGAGCGCGUGGCUGCAAUUGUUAGUGGGUAGUGGUUAAUUAUUAUUUUUAUUCCCUUUGGUCGUUCUAAAAAAUCAUCGAUGUGUGGAGAGGAGAAGCGACGAUGCGCGCAGAGAUAGCCGCCAGUUUAUCUUCGAAACUUGCCGUGUCAGAAUCACUCCACGUUUUUUCUCAUUCUUCUCACUGCAUCGCUAUUCGUCGAUCGGAAAAACGCUUUUUGACAGCACUAAAAUCGGAAAUAAAACGCCGCUUGGUAGAAGCUUCUUUGUAUUUUUCUCUUAUUAUUAUUUGACGUUUACGAGUUAUGAUGGACGAACGUCCAAAAAUCGAAGUCGUUCGUGUUUCUUCGUUUGAAAGACAACAUUUUCGGCCACUCGAUGCUGUACAAUUGCGAGCUGCUUACAGCCACAUGCGAGUCGGCACUUACUGCCCGGAUAUCGACACCUACAACGAAACAACGGCUGCUGCUAAUAUGCCGGAAAAUAAACCACCGCCAGGGGGCGGACACUCACGAAAAUUCAAAAAAAAUUUGGGUCCAGUGUCAAGACUGCUGAGGCGACGCCACCAGGGGGCGUGUCUCGCCACCAAAUCCUGUGAUAAUAUUUAUAAUGUAAAUAGAAAUAGCAAUUCGUUGGACUGGCGUAUUGAACAAUCGUCGAACGAGCCAGCUUUCCAAUCCCGGCAAAGUAGCAGCCUCGAUUGGCGAGUAAGUCGCAGGGUAAAUCCGGAUUGGCGAAACUCGAGUCGCAGCGCCGAGCAGUUGUCGCAGAGUGCACACUUCGCUUCCGGUGCUCUCCACACCACGCCAAGUGCCAAAUCUAAGAUCGUGUCACUGCUGCGAAGACUGUCGCCGAGACUCUCGCGCAACGGAAAUAAUAAUAAAACAACGUGCCCACCGUUGUCCUCAUCACCGACAAUGUGUCCUUGGAUCAGAGUCGAAUAUUCGAACGAAUCGAUGCACGAAACAAUCGAACGUGACGAGUCACAGGAAACUGACGUUAGUUAUCAGCGCGAGUUACAGCUCAAUGAACUGAGAAAGAAGAUGCUCGGUUAUGCUGCAGUCACGCCUACUUCGCCCUUCAGAUCGUACUCGUUUGCGAGCCAGCAACGCAUUGACAACGAACGAGGAGAUGAGAAUGCGAAUAAAGACACUUCAAAAAUGGAAACAAACGCCAACCACAAUCUUCGGGUCUGUAGAGCUGUCCACGAGGAUCGACGCACGACGGGGGCGGAGAAAGCAGUCGGAGGGGAAGUUACGGAAGCAGCGGAGACGAGAGGACUCCGCGAAGUUGGAGGAGCCAGGCGUCCUCGUCGAGGUCCCGGUCACGGCGAGGUGGCGGGCCUUGAGGAGAGCCAGGACACCCGAACGUCGACGACGUCCGCCAACGGGACGCGCCUUGACGAGGAGUCCGCUCGCGCGGUCGGACCUCAAAAUCGUCGACCGAGGCCGCUCUCCCUGGCCGUCCAGCCGCUCAAUUACCAGCGCCUCGAUCCGGACCGAUCCUCGAUCGAAGAGGACUCGUCGGUCAAGCUCGUUUCCGAGAACUCCGACAAGCGACAUCCCAACAUGACUAGCCAGGAGAGCAUCGGCAAUUGCAGCCUCGACGUUGACCGCUCUGCUUCCGACCGUUCAGAAGCAACUUUGGGCUCUGUCUCGGAGAAAACUCUUCACAGCCUCAAUUUAUCCUGCAACGGCAAAGCCGAAUCGCCUCAAGAAAAUUUGUCCAACGGAAGCAACGAAACCCUCCAAAAACAGCAGCAGCAGCAGCAACAACAACUUACGGAACAAACACCCGUCGUACUCGUCGAUUGUUUAGAUGGAGAAAAAAACAAUGCCGAGUGCGAACUGCAGCCACAGCAGCUGACAGCAGCUAAGAAGCCGAGCUACUUGGGCUUAGCGUGCAGCAUCAGUGGCUAUUCCGGUAUCACGAGGUACGACAGCAAACUCAGGGAAGGCUUCAGAUCGAGGGACAGCAGUCCUGGCUCGAGGCUCAUCACGAGGGAAACUAGUCCAGCGGGAUUUAGCAGAUCAAGCGAGAGUCUCGGAGUACCGGGAUUGAAUCCACCAACGAAGAGCCAAUCGAUAUCGCCGCUCGCGAUGGAUCGUCAAAAUGGUUUCAGCAACGGAACGAAGGAAUGCAAAAUUGAGAAUUUCGCUGAAACCCGAAGCAGCACCAUAAGUUCCUAUCAGGGAUUCUCCGAAGUCGAUCGAGGUCUACAAUUGCAUACUAAUUUCGCUGACAUUAGUCCGAUCCGUUCCACAUCACCGGUGAAGAGAACCACUGGCACCGUGCAAAUCGGCUCUUCGUACAGUCGUGAGACCAAAACUUACACAUCGAGCAUAUCGAUUUCCUCACCGAGAUCCACUCAAAUCGUGUCGAACAGUUCGUUGAGCGAAACGAGUUUCGCGAACGGUUCGUCGUUGGAUGCGAGUGAGAAUCAAACGAUAAACAAUUCGUCGUGCAGCGAAAAGUCUUUUAUCCAACAAAGAGUGGAGCGUCUCUACGGUCCGGGAGCGUUGGCACAAGGUUUCUUUUUCAAGCGCGGCUCCGCUCACGGAAACACGAGCGACACGAGUUUCAAUAAAACUCAAAGUAGCAACAACAAUGACAAAAGUAUCGAUAAUGCUAAUACUGAAGAAUCUCUUAAAAACUUGCCGGUCCUGAGACACCUCAGACCGGAAUUUCGUGCACAGCUGCCAGUCGUUAGCCCGCGCAAGGCCACCGAUGGAUCUGAACAAGUUAUCAAACCCUUGCAAAGGAUAUCGGUGACGUCACAGCGCAAAAAUGACACGAACGCUAAAGUAGCCUCGAGUAUGAAUUCAAGCUGCAGUUCCCGGGAAAACGAGUCUAUUAAAUUAAGUGCUAGUGUAACUAGCAUACCGGAUCAACAACCAGCCGCACCGGAAGUCGUUCUCCCCGUUCUCGAAACAAGCCCAAGCUCGACAAGCAUCGCUGCGACUGAACAAGCUAUUGAACCCGUUGUAAAUCCAGUUGAAGAAAAACAUGGACAUCACUUUAUGAGACUGCUGAAUGCCGAGAGAGACAGGCUCUUGUCACUGGCAGAAUCAGCUGAGGCUGACCUCGCAAAAGCUGAUCCAGCCACAUUGCCUGAAGAGGCUGAGGGCAAAUUACGCUCCGCUGCCGGAAAAGCCAGACUUCUUGCUAAACAAAAAAUGCAACAGUUCGAAGGCCUUUGUCACAAAAAUAUUAGUCAAGUGCCCGGUGAAAAAUUCCCAACGACCUAUGAAGACUUGGCUGGUUUUUGGGACAUGGUGAUGCUGCAAGUUGUUCAGGUCAACGAAAUUUUCGCCCAAAUAGAAAAGCUCAAAAGUUCUCAAUGGCAAGAGUCAGCACCGGAGAACAAGUUGGCCGAUGUUGGAUCGCAGAACGGCAAUUCGACGAAGCGUCGGGUCAUCGUGAGCCAGAGACCAAAGACGACGGCGGCGAGUGAGGCGAGUAAAAAGGCUCGCGAGUUGCGGGAGCAGGCGCGUCGAAAAAUGAUGGAGGAUCGUCGGAGAGCUAUGCGAAGCGGAGUGCAAAAGGAGAGCGACGAGGUGACGAUAUUUGCGCCAGAAACGUAACACCCAGCAGCCGGUCGAUAAUAAGGAGUCGACUUCGAGUUAUUUCAAUAAAGACAUUUUUUUCACGACCGAUCGCGAUGACGAAAGAGAAGGCUAGCUCAAAGCUCAAACCAUGAAAAUAACAACACAAUUAACGAGUAAUAAAGAUUAAAGCUGCGCCAGAGCAAAUAAAAAAUAUUAAAACCAAAAAAGGAAGAAAAAAAGAACAACUGAAUUAAAUAAAAAUUCGAUUUUACGCUGUUACGACAAAAACGCGAGGAACAGACAUUUUGUUAAGCAUUUUCAAAACGUCAAGCCCGGCAGUUGCCUUUGAGAAUAAUUGAAAAUAACUUUAAAAGCCAACAAAAUCAGCGUUUUCGUCGGAAACUUAACAACUAUCGAGUAAAUAACAUAAUAUUCAUUGAAAUUACGCUUUAUCGAAAAAUAGUGAAGCACGAACGAUCGUUGGAGAAACAAAUAAUGAUAAUAGUAUAAUAGGAUAUAUUGGAAUAAUAAAAUUAAUCACGACGAAUUGAAAUCGGCUUCUUUUCAUUUGUCGGACAUCGUUUUGUCAAUUUGGUUUUUAAAAAUUCGAUGUUUUUCGACGAAAUCAUGACGAUCAAAAAUCGGCAGACAUUCCUGCGAAAUUGCGUUCGAAUUUAAGAUAACCUCAUCCGAGUUGUUCGAUUAGCUCGCGAAAAAGCUCGGCAAUAAAACAGAAAUAAGACUAAAAUCUCGUGUCUGACAAACGACGAUGGCGUAAGGGCGAAUAACCGAUUAAUUCGCGAUCAAGCUUUUUGGAAUGAUUCCCAAAUAUUAAUAUUUAAUCAGCUGAGAGAUGACGUUUUGAGUGAAUUUCUUUCUUCUACAGCACAGAGUUGGGCUUUAAUUGUUAAUUAUUUUUAUUAGUUUCACUUGUCAAAAGUAAAAAAAACGCAAAAUUUCCCGUCCAAAAUAGUAAAUUCAAAUUCUACGGUAAAAAUGUCUCUCAGUAGCCAUUUUAGUCCACAAUGAAGACAAAGCAAACAACGGUUAUUGUUUAAUGAAUGACAAGUAUGUAAUAAUCAAAAUAUUAAUUAUUUCGACAACAAUAAUUGAUAUAUUGUUAUAAAUAGCAAUAAUAACAAUAUUACAAUUAUAAAUUAUUGUUCCAAUGAUAACAAUAAUGCAUUAAUUGUUAUUAUAUACAAUGAUCGUCAUUAAAUUAAUUCCAAAAUAAUACUGAAAUCAUUUAUUUGUUGUGGCUCGUUCCCGCAGCGAAUUUCAACGAUUUUACAUCAAAGUACGUUCUCCUCAAAACUCUAACGAAAUUUCCAAUUUCUGAUGCCCAACUCUGUCGAAACUUGGCCCUUUGGCUCGAAUAACACUUUUCGCACAUAAAUUCGAUUUAAUCUGCGAAUAAAUGACAACAAUUAAUAAUAAUCAUUGAACCUUUGCAAAUAUCAAUUGAUUGAGAGUGCAUGAGAGAGAGAGAGCUUGUCAUGACAAUGAAAAUCGUGUAUAUAUGCGUAGAGGAACGAUAAGAUUUAUUUCGUUUUUAUUAAGGAUUUUUGAAAAUCUGGAACGAUCAGAAAAUGUCAAAAAAAAGUGAAUACUCAGUUACUGUAGGGUUCUUCGUAUCUUUUCUCGUUUCGGAGUAUUAAAUUAUUGGGAAAAGCUUCGGUUGUCUCAUAAACUCGUAGUAAUUUAUA